AUGUGGGUUAUUACAUUAGUUUGUGAAGAACUUCGACAGUUAUUUGUAAUACGAGCACCAUCAGCACGAAACGCUGUUGCAAUUUAUUUUAAAUCAUAUUGGAAUAAAUUAGAUGUUGUGGCUAUAAUUCUAUUUUUCGUGGGAAAGAAAAGAAAACUACUUGAUGAACCUGAUCUAGAUGAAGAACGAGUUCAAUCAUUACAGGAAAAUAUCUUAAAUAGAAUACGAAGACUUGAAAACCAUAUGCGACUAAUUAGUAAUCAACAAGCUAUUAUGUGCGAUUAUCUUGAACACUUGAUGGAUGAUUCAAAAACUAACAAUGAUAAACGUAUCAAACUACCUGAACGACAUCUUUUAGAUCCUGAAUGA